AUGACGGUACCUACUCGGCAAACGCUGCAGUUCCCGCUAGAUUCCAGUCAGACGGACCCGCUCGUCUCGUCGGAGCCCCCCCACAAGCGGAAACGCGUGAAGACGGGCUGUCUCACCUGUCGCGCACGCAAGGUCAAGUGCGACGAGACGCACCCACUUUGCAACAAUUGCGGCAACCUUGAUGUGGAGUGUCAAUGGGGCCAAGGAUCCAGACGACAAGGAUGUGAGUCGUUUCAUCAGAUGCAAGAGGGGCAUGGGGACAUACUAUCGAUUACUUAUCCAUCCGGGCCCCGUUCUCCCGCGUGCUUCACAUGUCGCUACGCACGGUCCAGAUGCUCCAAGACACGCCCAUCGUGCACACGCUGUGCCAUCUACGGCCACGAAUGCAGUUACCCCGAGACAAAUAAGGGACGGUCGCUGACGUCCUCGGCCCAGUCUUUGAUGCAACGACUUCGAAGUAGUCAUUCACCGUCGCCUGCUAUCUCUUUGGAAGAUGAAUCAACAACCAUUGCUCCUGUCUAUGACCGUACUGGUGUAUCUCCCCCCGAACUUCGCGGCGACGAAAACCGUGUCGGAUUUAGUUAUGAAGCAAUACAGCAAAACCUGGUGAUGAAUACCAGUUUGGCCGAUACAUAUAACGAGCUGGAUGCCCUCGGUCCUAAAACCGUGCACGACGUUUUGUUGCCGACCCGUGCCGAUUCACUCCUCAAACCCACCAGCCCCAGUAGGACCCAACUCCCUAGUCAGGAUCGACUGGAGUGUCUUGCCGUGGCGUUUUUUCUUCAUGUUCAUGUCUACCGCGCCAAUGCCUUUCUCCACCGAGACCGAACACUCACCGCCAUCCGCGAUGGGAGUAUGUCCGUAGCGAUUGUCCUCGCCCUCUGUGCUGUGGGAGGGAGAUUCACCUUCCCUCCGGAGUCCGAAGAGAUAGUGAUGGCCUGGGCAGCAGAUGCAGGCAAUCAAAUCUUAGCAUCGACGGACGUAAAUAGAGACAAUAUCUCGGCCUCUCUUCUGCUGGCGAUCUAUUAUCAACAGGCAAGUCAGUUUGCACAAUCCCAUCUCUGGUCCGGCAUUGCCAUGAACCAGGCAAUUACCCUGGGCCUUCAUCGCGAAGCCCCGUUGAGAAACUCCACCUUUGCCGAGAGCGAACGCGAUCGACGGUUGUUCUACGCAUGCUACGCGAUCAGUCGAUUCAUAUCCAACGGCUCACCGGAGUCAAUCCAGUGUCCUUCGUCUCGCAUCAGGCUCAAGCUACCAUGCGACGGCUUCAACUACCGGAUGGAUGUAUUUGUGGACACACCAUACGCCCACUUGGAGGAGGCCGAGGAGCCCUCAGGGUCGCCCGCCACCCACCAAUGCGUGGGCGCCAUGGGAUUCUGGGUGCGCUUGGUCGGGGUCCGAACGAUGACUCGGCGAUACUUCCACACCCUCACUGAAAGCCGACAGCAGCCGCAAGAAGACGACAUACGAGCAUUGUCCGGGGGUAACUCAAGGGGUCCCAUGCUACUACCCUCACUAGCACCGUGGAAUCCCACCUCCCCCUAUGCAGCAUGCAUGGCCAAGCUAGCCAUAAUCCGAGAAUCGCUACCUACCCGGUUUCAGCUCUCCCGCGACCGUGUGGCUCAACUCCACGAAUCGCCCGUCCUCGGCCAAAUAGUGCUGUUCUACCUGUGGUGGAAUGAAUGCCACAUCGAACUGUGCAGCAUGGCGCUGACGGGGUACGCACAAUCCCUGGACGAGGAGACUCUCGCUACCGCCCCGGAUGGCUGGGUCCAACAGACGUGCCGGAACUGCUUGCGGCAUGCGCAGGCUAUUACUGAUGUGCUGGAACUCCUUGAACGUGAGCUAUCUGGGCAUCCGCUGACGAUCUACGAUCAUACCAUCGCGCAUGUAGUUUACCUGUCCCUUCGAGUGCAGCUGGAAGUCGGACUCGUGGAUAAUGAGAUAUCAUCUCGUUUGACGAACCGAUUUGAGAUGAUGCUCGAGUUUGUGAAACGCACGAGUAAUUAUUUUCGAUCGAUUCAGCUCGUGGUGAGAUGGGCCCUACCUCAUGAUUGA